CCGAGGAGGCGCGCGGAGGGAUCUCUCCGCCUCCUAAGAUGGCGCAGCAGGUGAACAUCGCGGAGCUCUCCCUGCCGCAACUGGAAGUGUUGAAAACCCAGCUGGAUCAGGAAGUUGAAUUCCUUUCUUCAUCCAUUGCACAACUUAAGGUGGUACAGACAAAAUAUGUGGAAGCAAAGGACUGUCUGAAUGUAUUAAAUAAAAGCAAUGAAGGUAAAGAGCUACUGGUUCCACUCUCCAGCUCUAUGUAUGUUCCUGGGAAGCUUUCUGAUGUGAGCCAUGUAUUGUUAGAUGUAGGUACAGGUUAUUAUGUAGAAAAGAGAGUGGAUGAGGCUAGAGACUUCUUCAAGAGGAAGAUUGAUUUCCUGACAAAGCAAAUAGAGAAAAUCCAGCCAGCAUUGCAGGAGAAGCAUGCAAUGAAGCAAGCUGUAAUAGAAAUGAUGAACCAAAAGAUUCAGCAACUGACAGCAGCAGGUGCCUCACAAGUGUUGCCAACAAAGGCCUAGCAAAGAUGACUCCCUUGCCCACCUAUUAUUUUGUGAUGGUCAAAACAUCUGGAGGGAAGCAGCAUUCCUGCUGCAUGCAGCUUAAAGGGAGGG